AUGGCCAGUCCUACUGUGCUUACCUUUGACGCUGAGGGUCGUCCUAUUAAGUUCGAUGUUUGGCUCGAUGACCUUCACCUCUACCUUCAGAUCACCGCCAAGGACGAUAUUUCUCUUUAUGACCACACGUCCGGCGCCGCUCCCGCUCCUGCUGCCGAUGCUGAUAGCACCUUGCGCUCGCAGUGGCAGACCCGUGACGCUCACGCUCGCCUAGCCGUUCGCAGCCACCUGCCGUUAGAUGAGCGCGAGCAUUUUGGCCAGCAUAAGACCGCCAAGGAACUGUACGACGCCGUAGUCGCGCGCUACUCCUCCCCUGCCACUGCUACUAUAGGCCGUCUCUCACUGCCCUACCUCUUUCCCGACCUGUCCGCCUUUGCCACUGUCGCUGACCUCAUCACCCACCUCCGUACCAAUGACCUCCGCUACCGUGCCGCCCUCCCCCCCGAUUUCCUCGCCAAGACCCCCCCCCCCCCGAUGUACCUCACACUGUACCACCUUGUCACCCGCCUCCCUGACUCCCUUCGCACUGUCAGGGACCAGUUUCUCGCUCUCUCCCCCACUGACCUCACUGUCGACCUCCUCGAGAAGGAACUCCUAGCAGCUGAGAAGAGUAUUGUAGCUGUAGGUGCCUCUCGUGGUGACCCCCGCACCCCCUUCUUUGAGGGGUGCUCCCCCUCCCCCCUCCUCCCCUCCAUUGCAUCUGCUGCUGCUGUCGACUACCUCGGUGCUGAGGGAGUCGGGACUGCGUCUGCUCCCGGUGGGAGGCGCAAGAGCGGCAAGGGCAAGGGGGGCAGGGGUGGUGGAGGUGGAGGUGGGGGUGGCGGCGGUGGAGGGGGUGGGGGGGGCGGGGGUGGUGGCGGAAGUGGGAGUGGCGCGGGUGGUGGGGGGGUCAGUGGCGGUGCAGGGGGUGGUGGCGACGGCGGCGGUGGUGGGGGUGGGGGUGGUGGAGGAGGUGGUGGCAGUAGUGGCGGUGGUGGAGCGGGUGGCGGGCGCGGUGGAGCGGUGCAGCGUGGGGGGUUCGGAGGUGGCCAGAGGCAGCCGCAGCAGCGUCCUGGCGAGACUCCCUCGCCCCAGCAGCUUCGUGAGUGGUACUCUCAGCGUGGGGGGUCUGGGGGUGGGGGCAUUUGCUCGUACGUCAUCCGCACAGGUGAUCGCGCUGGCCAGACUUGUGGGAGGUUCCACCCGACACAGCGCUGCUUCUCUCGCCUCGAUGACGCCCGGUGCGAGCAGUUCCCUGACGCCUCUGAGCUGCCUCGCUGGGCUGAUCUGCUUAGGAAGGGGAUUGAUGUCUUUGCUCUUGAUUAUGAUGCUAUCCUUGCUGCCAUGUAUGCAUUGACUAUUAGUGCUGAGGGUGACUGUUACCUGAGUGUGCCGCCUGACCCAGGUAUUGGUACUGGUAUGGCUGCUGCGCUAGGUGCUAGUGCGUCUGCGUCUGCUGGUACUGAGUCUGCUACAGCACUGCACACCUUCACCCUGGACUCAGGUGCUUCACGCUGUUUCUUUCGUGACCGCACAGUCCUUGAGCCACUCGCUCGGCCUGUUGCUGUCUCCCUUGCUGACCCCUCUGGGGGCCCGGUCCUUGCGACCUCCUCCACUGUCCUCCCUUGUCCUGCGGCCCCGUCUGGCACUUUGUCGGGUCUUUACCUCCCCUCGUUCUCUACGAACUUGGUGGCGGGCUCUGCUCUCCAGGACGGGGGUGUUCACCAGUUCACCCCUGCCUAUGAGCGAGUGACCCACUGUACGUGUGCUCGGACGGGUCGCCACCUGGCUACCUUCACUCGGCAGCCGGGGUCCGACCUGUACACACUGACCACUGAGUCCCCUCAGGUAGCUGCGUCUGCGUCUGCGUCAGGUCAGCUGUCGGCUCCCUGCUCGUGUCGCUCCCUGUCGCACCAGACCGUCCUCUGGCACCACCGCCUUGGUCACCCCUCCGUGCAGCGCCUUCGUGGCAUGCACUCCCGUUACCUUGUCUCUGGUCUUCCCAGGGUUCUCCCUCCCCUCCCACCCUCGCCUGCUCCUCCCUGUCUUCCCUGUGUCGAGGGGCGGCAGCGCGCCACCCCUCACUCCUCCUCGUUCCCUCCCACAGAGGCUCCUCUGCAGACUCUCCACCUAGACGUGUGGGGCCCAGCCCGCGUCCGUGGACAGGACCACGAGCGGUACUUCCUGCUGGUCGUCGACGACUACACGCGCUACACCACGGUCUUCCCCUUGCGCACCAAGGGUGAGGUCCCUGAUGUUUUGAUCCCUUGGAUCCGCGCUGCUCGUCUCCAGCUCCGCCAGCGGUUCCAGUCGGACUUUCCCGUCCUGCGUCUGCACUCUGACAGGGGUGGUGAGUUUUCCUCCGCCCUCCUGGCUGCCUACUGUGCGGAGCACGGCAUCCGCCAGACUUUCACUCUUCCGGACUCCCCACAGCAGAAUGGGGUUGCUGAGCGUCGCAUUGGUUUAGUCAUGGAGGUCGCUCGUACCUCCAUGAUCCAUGCGGCUGCCCCCCAUUUCCUGUGGCCGUUUGCAGUGCGGUACGCUGCGCAUCAGCUCAACCUUUGGCCCCGUGUCUCUGCUCCGGAGACCUCGCCCACACUGCGUUGGACGGGGGAGGUUGGCGAUGCGUCGGUGUUCCGUGUCUGGGGAUGCCGAGCCCUUGUUCGCGAUACGUCUGCGGACAAGCUCUCCUCCCGUGCCGUUCCCUGCGUCUUCCUUGGCUUUGUCCCUGACGCGCCUGGCUGGCAGUUUUACCACCCCACCUCGCGUCGUGUCUUUGCCUCUCAGGACGUCACCUUUGACGAGUCGGUACCCUUUUACCGUCUCUUCCCCUACCGCACUGCCCCCCUCCCUCCCCCGCCGCUUUUCCUUGCUCCAGGUCCCCCUCCGCUAGACCCCCUUCCCCCUCAGGGUCCUGCUCCUUCAGGUGUCUCUCAGGUAGACCCUCCUCCCGUCGCUGAGCCUGUCGAGGUCACAGGUGACUCAGGUGCUGCUGCGGGUGGUACUGCUGGGGGUGCUGAGCCUGCGGGUGCGGAGCCUGGGGGUGCUGAGCCUGGGGGUGCUGACACUGGGGGUGCUGAGCCUGCGGGUGCGGAGCCUGGGGGUGCUGAGCCUGGUGGUGCGGAGCCUGGGGGUGCUGAGCCUGAGGGUGCUGGGCCUGGGAGUGCUGAGCCUGGCUGCUACGGACACUGGCGCUGCGGGUUCUGA